AACCUGGUAUUUUGCCGAAUUUCAAAAGUGAAGAGUUGGUGCAGCAAGUGCUCGAGAAGUUGCGUAAAGCACAAUUGAAUUCUCCGUCUCUCUCUCUCUCUCUCUCUCUCUCCCGCACGCAUUUGAAAAUUGAAAUGAGGAUCUGAGAGAGCAAUCAGAUUGGCACAAAGAAUGAGUGGAGCGAGACUGUGCUCGUUGUUGGGGGAAUUGGGAUACGAAGGGGCAGGGGGAUUGGACCCUGACAGCUUCGAGUGGCCCUUCCAGUACGACGACGCACGCCCCAUCCUCGACUGGAUCUGCUCCAGUCUCCGCCCCUCCAACGUCUUCUCCCUCUCCGAACUUUCCCAGUAUGAUCAGUUUCUGCAAGAAGGGAAGCUACUGGAGGGGGAGGAUUUGGACUUUGCUUAUGAUAGUAUUUCAGCCUUUUCUGCCAGGAGAGACAACCAGGAGGCACUUUUUGGAGCUGAAGAAGGAUUAAAAGAUAUACGGGAUGCAACUUUGGCAAAUAAAGCUGAAGCUUUAGAGCUGCAGAGAGAGCUUAAGAAUCUGCAGUCUCAAUUUGAUAUGCUCAGUGGCCAAGCUUCAGCUUUGAUCCAAGGGAGACGGGCACGAGUUGCUGCAACAUCUAAUGUCAAUGGACACCUGACGUUAAUAGAUGAUAGUCUUUCAGCAAGAAAUUUACAGAUGAACGCAGUUCUUGGAAGGAUCACUGCUACAGCACAGGAGUUGGCUCAUUAUCAUUCUGGUGAUGAGGAUGGCAUCUAUUUAGCAUACUCUGACUUUCAUCCAUACUUGCUGGGAGAUUCAUCCUGUAUAAAGGAGCUAAAUCAGUGGUUUGCUAAGCAAUUGGACACGGGUCCUUUCCGAUUAGUUGCUGAGGGGAAAUCCAAAUGCUCUUGGGUGAGUCUUGAUGACAUUUCAAAUAUCAUUGUAAAAGAUGUGGAAAAAUCCCAACAUCAACGUGUAUCUGAAUUGCAGCGGCUUCGUUCUAUAUUUGGAACAAGUGAAAGACAGUGGGUAGAGGCCCAAGUUGAGAAUGCUAAACAGCAAGCGAUUCUAACAGCACUUAAAACUCAAAUAUCAUCAGAUGAAGCUCACAUUCAUCUUGAUCUUCAUUCUCUUAGGAGAAAGCAUUCUGAGCUGGUGGGAGAACUUUCCAGUCUUUUUCACAAAGAAGAGAAGUUGUUAUCUGAGACUAUUCCGGAUCUUUGUUGGGAGCUUGCUCAACUCCAGGACACAUACAUUUUGCAAGGUGAUUAUGAUUUAAAGGUCAUGCGCCAAGAAUACUAUAUUAGCCGGCAGAAAGCGUUCAUAAAUCAUCUGAUCAAUCAACUUGCGAGGCAUCAGUUCUUAAAAAUAGCUUGUCAGUUGGAAAAGAAGAACAUGCUUGGAGCAUAUUCGUUAAUUAAGGUUAUUGAGUCAGAGCUCCAAGCAUACAUGUCAGCAACCAAAGGCCGAGUGGGUCGUUGCCUGGCACUGAUUGAAGCUGCAUCUGACGUACAUGAACAAGGAGCAGUGGAUGAUAAGGAUAAUUUUCUGCAUGGGGUUAGAGAUCUUUUAAGUAUCCAUUCAAAUGCUCAAGCUGGGUUUUCAACAUACGUAUCAGCUCCAGGCAUUGUUCAGCAGAUAUCUAGUCUUCAUUCAGACUUGAUGACCCUUCAAUCUGACCUUGAAAAUUCUCUUCCGGAAGACAGAAAUAGAUGUAUCAAUGAGCUGUGCAGCCUAAUCCAAAGUCUGCAGCAACUACUAUUUGCAUCUUCAACAACUGCACAACCAAUACUUACACCUCGGUCAUUGAUGAAAGAGCUUGAUGAAAUGGAAAAGAUCAAUUCAAAACUCUCUGCUGCAGUUGAAGAGGUGACACUGGAACACUUGAAGAAAAACGAGAUUGUAAAACAUCAUUCUCAAGAAGUCGGGCUUCAAAGGCGGGUGUUUGUUGAUUUCUUCUGCAAUCCUGAGCGUUUGAGAAGCCAAGUAAGGGAACUGACUGCUCGAGUUAGAGCUUUGCAAGUUUCUUAGCUCAUUCAGAUUGUACAUCUCCAUUUUCAUUCCGUGGACUGGAUUAUUGUGUGCAUUAUGUGUCACCUAAAGAUGCAAUUGUUGUAAGCGGACUCCAGAAUCAAAUUUGGCAUUUAUGGAUAUCAAAAUAUAUGAAAGAUCUCCCUGAAAA